AGUUUUUAGUUUAAAACCUAAUAUUAUAUUACAGCGAGCUUGGACAGCACAACUGGCAACGCGGCAUGGGAUUAUGGUGCACAAGGCCCUUCAACAUGGCAGAACAAUUACACCACGUGUGGUAGCAGGAGCCAAUCACCGAUCGAUAUUGUGGAUAGCGCUGUGACGUCACAGGCAAAGUCGGUUCCGUUCGUGACGUCAUCAUUGUCGGCUCCUACGUCAAUGAGUAUCCAUAACAAUGGCCAUUCACUACAAGUGGAUAUGACUGGAGGAUAUACGAUUACUAAUGCAGCGUUUCUGCCUAACUCCUACAAGGCUGUUCAGUAUCAUUUCCAUUGGGGUAACACUACCGGUUCUGAGCACAAGUUGAAGGGCCAGCAAUUCUUCGGGGAGAUGCACAUCGUCCAUUAUAAUACAAAGUAUCCGAAUAUUUCCCAAGCACUGAACCAACCUCAAGGCCUGGCUGUAUUGGCAUUUUUCAUAAAGGACACAGCAUCCAAAAGCAACGUUAAUUUUGCCAAGAUUACUGACCAAAUCCAAAAUGGUUUCGCCAGCAACACAAAUAAAAACAUCCCUGCCUUUGCCCCAAGCUUACUGCUGCCCAAGCUAUCUGUGUAUUACCGAUAUAACGGUUCGCUAACGACACCCCCGUGCUCUGAGACUGUUAUUUGGACCGUCUUUAAAGAACCGAUCGAAAUAUCUGCUUCUCAGGCCACUAUUCUGAAGACAAAGGUCUACAAAACAGGAACAACCCCAGUGUUUGAUAACUUUAGACCAACCCAGCCUUUAAAUGGAAGAAAGAUUCUAAAAUACCAAAUAUCUGGAGCAGCGAGUUACAAGGCCCAAGGAUUUGUGGCUACAUUCCUUAUGGCUGCUCUUGUGUGUAUACUAAACUAAACAUUAUAUGCAUAGUAUGGUGGGGAAGACGGGACACCUUUAGCACUUAAUAUCUAAAUAUCCUGAUCGUAUUUUAAACAAUUAACACUUGUUUAUGGGGGUCGUGAGAAUAUACGGUUUUAUAAUUCAUUGGAGGUUCUCUGCCUACGACCGAAUGAAACUGGAAAAUAGUUUGAUUACAUCCCCCCCACCCUACUAUAUAGACUAUAUAUGCGUUAACUGUUCGUCAGGACGGUAUUACAUAACAUAAUUUCUUUUUUUGAAUACGAGAGCGAAGAUCAAAUAAUGAAAGGCAAUAUUCCCAUUAAACAACUAUAGUGAGGUGUGGAAGAUGGGUCACCUUUAGCACAAUAUAUCCAAGUAUCCUGAUCGUAUUUUAAACAAUUAACAACGCCCUAUGGGAGUCGUGGGGAUAUAGUUUUAUAAUUCUUUAAAUGUUCUUUGUUUACUGGUAAAUGGAACGAGAAAAUAUAGUUAAAAGGUGUCCCAUCUUCUCCCACCCUACUGUAUAAUAGUUAAAUAGAGUGUAUCAACUGUCUUGUGUUUCACAUAUUUCCAUACUUGUUUUUCUUUGCUUUGCUGUAUACCAUGUGUAUUGUACUGUGAGGUAAGAUGGAUACCGUUAACACAUAAUACCCCAUAUUUCAUAACCAUGUUUUGAACAAUUAAAAACGUUUAUUUACAGUCGGGAGGGUAUACGGUUAUACAAUUCUGUAAAUAUUCUUUGUUAAAUACCAAAUGGGACGAUAAAAGUGAAUGAAAACGUAAACCAUCCUACCCCAACCUACUUUAUUUAAUGGAACUCGCAUUUACGUAAUAUAAUUUGAAUGAAUGAGUGAAUGUAACUCUCUUUAUUAUCGCGUGUCCGGAAAACAACAGUCGUUUUAUGUAGCUCGCCUAAUGCUCGCAUAUGAGUUACCAUGUAUGUAACUGUGUGAAUAAUUAUUUUUUUAAACGUUGUAAACACCCUCAGCUGACGCCUUUUACUUUUUGCGUACGACGCUAUUGGUUUAACCACGAAAUAUUAAACUAUAAUCCAGAAAUAGUC